AAUCAUUACACAAGAGAAUUUUUCAUGUUAAAUAAAGGGAGUUAAUUAAAUGCAAUCUGAGAAUUAUUGCUUAACAUAAAGGGAAGUAAUUAUCAAUAAAAUGAAUGAAGAAAAAUGCAUAUAUAAGGGAGGUAAUUUAGAAAAAAAACAAAACUUCAAAUGUCAUUAUAAUGAUAGUUGACAUUGACAAUGACCUAUAUCAAGUAUGCACAACAUAAGAAACAGCAAGCACUUGAAAAAUGCAUUAUAUGUCCUUGCAAUAUCAAGAAUAUUUGACUGUAUGUAAGGGUUCUCUACAUGCUGUUAUACUGAAAAAAACUUUAGUCUAAAUAUAGCUUAGAUCUAUUUAUAUCUUCUGAAUCAUAAAAAGGAAGUCCCAAAUUUCCACAGCUAUUCACAGGCUGAAAAUUUUAGGUACUAAUAUCAGAAAAGAGGUUGAUAUCUAUACUUUUUAAUAACUAUCGUCAAAGGUAGGGAAAAACUUACUGCAAAGGCAUACACUUUUGAUCUAGUCAUUUCAAUACAUUUUCAGCUCAUUUGCAUAUAAGAAGAAAUUUACAGAUUCCCCCUGUUUCUCUUCAUUUUCCAAAAAAUCUGUAAGAUGGAUAUAAACCAAAACAUUCUCCUAGUAUGUGUCAGCUAUCAGAUAUAUAUUUCAACAAAAACUGUCAACUUACCUUGUUUUUAGAAGAAGACAAAAUUCCAGCAACUUUCGCUUCCCUGCAAAACUGUACCGGUGCACACAUAAAAAAUCUCAACUGUGAUUUUCAAAAUAAUACAGUCAGACCACAAUUAUUUCCCUUGAAAAUAAAAUGCUCUAGGUAAAUGCCUACAACAGGACCUUUAUGUUCUUCAAUUCUUCAUUGUUUUGCAGUUUCUUGUUGUCCUGUUUCGUCGGCCCAUAAUGAUAUUUGUCUUUUUGCUCUGCAAUUAAAAACGGCAUUGAGCUUUAUUUAAUAUAAUCUAAAUUAUCAAGUCAUAUUCUUUGCACUGUAUUGUCAAUACAUACUAUCUAACCAGAUCUAAAUUAGUUCCAAUUGAAGUUGACAUGUAAUUUUAUGUUCCGACGUAGACUCAAUGAUAGUGAGCUUUAUAGCCCACUGGGACUGAACGGCUUUCGUGUCAAGUUUUGUCGGGUCCUUCAUGGUUUAUUUCUUGCUGUUCUUCCUUUUGCAAGGGCAUUGAGUACAUGGUUCUUUAGGUUUAUUUUAAACUAGUAUAUAUUUUAUACGAGCAUAUCUAUGGUUAACAUAUCACACCUUUUGUUACCAUUACGUGUAAUAGGAUAAAUCUGGCCGGGAUAUUUUAAAGCUGUCCUGUAUAUUUAGAACAAGAUGGAUGUUAAAGUAGAGGUUUGGUGCGCAUCAUUCAACUCCCCAGUGAUAUGUUUUUGCCACUGCCUGUUCCGCGGCGGUGUCCCAUGUUGUUUCAUUUAUUGGCUUGUUUUAUCCGCUUUGCCUUUGAGUUUUACUACGUUUAUAUACUUUUGUGAAAUACACUGCUGUAGGAUUUUGUCUGAGAGGACAGCUUACUUUUCCUAUUGGGAUUUUGUCCUUAUUUUAAUAUGAUUCAACAAUAAUUGUCAGUUUAUUUUAGAAAAUUGAUCUGAAAAUAAUAAUAGACUAUAUGAAAUUAAUUAUACUUUUAAUUGACUUAGGAAAGAAACCUUUACAGAAAUCAGAGAAAAUCACAAGGGACACAGCCGGCCACGAAAAAUAUUUCUCAUUAAACGAAUUUUAUAUGAGAGGAGCACAUGGUUUAGUGUUUGUGUAUGACAUAACAGACGAAACAAAUUUUGUUCAGACAAAGGAAUGGAUGGAAAGGCUUAAAACGAAAAUGGCUGACUGUGAAGUGAUUGUGGUUGGGAAUAAGUGUGAUUUAGAACACAGAAGACAAGUGAGCACGCUCAAGGGUUAUGAGCUUGCCAACGAAUAUAGUGCAAAGUUCUUUGAAGUAAGUACCAAAACUAACGCUAAUGUCCAGGAGGCAUUUAACACACUACUAAGAUCUGCACUAGCAAGGAAAGAUAGAAAGGAGGAUACAAUUCCUGAAGAAAUAAAGGGUCCAUUUUCAUUGCGUUUAUAUAGAAAGAAGGAUACAGUUCCUGAAGAAAUCGUAAAGGAUCCAUUUGCAUUACUUUUGUAUGAAAAAGCUUUGCAAGCAGGAAAAGAGAAGGAUAAGUCAAUUCGUGUUAAUAUAGUUGGAAACUUCAGACAAGGUAAAACGACACUGAUGAGAAGGUUGUUGGGACAAAAGAUCCAAGGGAUUAAAAGUACUGAUGGAAUAGUUGUAGAACAUUACAAAUGUAAAAAAGACAGAGAUGGGAAAUUACGUUAUACUAAAGCUGACGACAUUGAUAAAUCAGAAUAUGUCAAACGUUUGGUCUCUGUCGCUGUGGGUGAAAAGAAUAAAGCCACAGAAAAGCAAACUCAGUCAUUGACAGAAUCAAAAGUUUCGCACGAAACGAAACCAAUGGUCUUAGAAUCUUCUGUUCAUGAAGACGACAGAGAUUUACAAAGCGACUUAAAUGCAGAAACAAAGAGUGUGUCAUCAAAUGAAAACGAAACAGUUGAUGAAUUUUCGAAUAAAAUUUCAAUUUUGUCUCCGGAGGAAAAGGGGGCGUUUGCAAAAGCUCUGAAGACCAAUCGGGCAUCUCCGCUAAAAGAAAGGCAAACCGUAUUUGAUAUUUGGGACUUUGGUGGCCAGUACAUUUUCUAUGCAACUCAUACAAUCUUUCACAGCAAAAGGGCAAUCUAUCUGUUGGUGUUUGACUUGACUUUAGAUCUGAACCAAUGUAUUUUAGAUGAGCAAUAUCCAUCUGAGUCAGAAAAUAGAAACAUGAAAUACUUUAUGCAGUUCUGGAUGAGUUCUAUCCACUCGUUUGUUGGGUCAGCAGAUGGGUCACUUCCAAAGGUUAUUCUUGUUGGAACUCACAAAGAUAAACUUAGGGGAAAGAAACACGAAAAAGAAAGAUAUAUCAAAACAUACUUUGAAGACAUCAGACAGAUAUUUGAUGGAACGAAUUUGUCUAACCAUAUUCAUUCUGAUGACUUUGCAGUUGACAAUACUGAUUCUAAAGAUCCGUCACUAAAUGCACUGCGUGAAGCGAUCAUUAGAACUGGAGAUGAACUAUCAGAAACAGUUGAAAUACCCCUGAAGUGGAUUCAGCUGGAAAAGUCUCUGCUGGAAAGAAAACACCUCAAACUUAUUUCAGUUAAGUUCGUCAUGGCGAUUGAUUCAGGAAAUGAGUUCCCUUUAGGUGAUAUGGAACAGAUCAAAGUAUUCCUUCGUUAUCAUCAUGCCAAAGGCACGCUUGUUUAUUUUGAUGAAGAACCAAUAUCCGAAUAUGUUGUACUUGAUCCUCAAUAUCUCAUCGAUGCAUUCAAGUGUAUAAUCACAAGCGAAAGAUUCUGCACAAAUGAACCAGAAAUCCGUCCACUUUGGAAGACGUUACUCUCAGAGGGAAGACUUGAGAAACAGCUGAUUGAUCGUCAGUGGGGAAAACCUGAGAAUGAACUCGACAUGUUUAUGGAAAACAAAGAAAUCCUUCUUUCAUUUCUUGUGAAGCAUCACAUAAUAUCAGAAGCAAAGACCUUCGAUGAAAACGCCAAAGUAUCGACAGGACUAGGUUGGUUUGUGGUCCCAAGUUUGUUGAGUGACCAUUCAUCGCGGACAGAAAAGAUUGAAUUUCUUAACGGAAAGAAAUUGACAAAACUUUACUUUGUGAUCUUUUUCAAUUCCUCGCCAAUAGUGUGUACAGUCUACCAUCGUUUAGUAUCAGCUGCACUAGGAAAGUGGCCAGUAGCAAAAACUGGUAAGAAAACAUUACUGUUUAAAGAUAUGUGUAUAGUCAGACUGAACGAGGACCACGCCGGAAUAUUAGAGAUUAGACAUGACAGCAUUGAGAUGACAGUUGUUAGUCUAUGUCACGCGACAAAUGUUAACAGUGAGGAAGCUGAUAGUUUUCGACGAUUUUUGGAAUCUGUAACAGCACAUGAAUUUCAGAAGCUACGGAGUACAGAAGAGACCAGUGACAAACCAUACACCAUUAUGUUCCGAUGCAAUCAUGACAGUCAUGAUGCAACUGGAAGUGAAAACCUAAUUUCCAUGGAUGACAUGAGGAGAGGAAAAGUAGUUCCAUGUCCAGACUUGAUGCCCCAUGACAUCGACAUGGAAAUGGCAAAGGAAGAGUGGUUUCAAGACAACAAAAAGAUGACAGCCAUCCCAGACAGUCAGUUGACAGGCAAAUUACUUAGCAGCUUGUCGCAGUGCAUUGGUGAAAACUGGCAAUUGCUGGGGCUCGAACUUGGGUUGACGCAAGUUAAGAUAGAUCAUAUUUUUGAAGACCAUCCACGUAGUGCUGUCAUGAGGAUAUAUGCCAUGCUUCAAAAGUGGUGUCAGGAAGAUGUAGAUAAAGCAACACUACCGGUACUAAUUGAAACCCUGCAACGAUGUACGCAUGUGCACGUUGAUUGGGACAAUCUGAGAAACGUUAUAGAUGAACUAAGUUAAGGUUUUCAAAUAAACUGAUUCAUUGGAUCAUAGAUAAACUGACGGGGAAAAAUUGAAACUUUGAAAGGUUCACAAGGACAGUUAAUGACAAACAUGAAAUUAGAUUUAGAUUUGACUUACUUUAUUUCUAAGAACGUGAAAAACAUGUUAAAUGGUGUACUUUAUUAAAGAGACAACGUAUUAACAAUC